ACAAAAUUUCGACAAUUCAGCAAUAACUUCGAACGAUGGAGUUUGGUGACGGCAGAAGAGAUGUAGUAGACCCUGAGGUCCGGGCUUAUGUAUCAAGUCUCGUUACUGCUCUUGGAGGAAGUGGUGCCGAUGAGGAUGGUCGAUACGUUCUUGGAGAUGAUGCUUUAGCAUGUCUUCGCGAUUUGAAGAAAUGGUUGAAGCUCUACGACGAGAAAGCGAAUCGAUUGGACGUAGCACGAUGCCUGGCAGAAUCGAAUCUGGUCGGAGGAGACUUACUACAAAUCCUUGCUGCAUGGCCAGAAAAUGCUACAGAGGACAGGUUGAAGUCAAAAAUUGCCCUCGCAUGCCUCGAGCUUCUCGUACCUCUGACAUGGCCUCUCGAGAAGGAUACACAGGCCAUGACGGUCAAUCAUCACCGACAUAUUCCUUACCUUCAAAUCGCACAGCUGGGCUACAAACGAGCGAUCAUUAAUUUCGACGGAGCUCGAAUACUUCACACAGCGGUCCGAUGUGCACUCCCUUCGAUGGCAGAGGCCAUGGGGGAUCGUAGCACACGAGAUGAAGGCAUCAUCAAGCUUCUCCUAUACUUUGUCCGGAAUAUUGCCAUGAUUGCGCCACCCCCGAAUGUGCAAUACGAGGGAGACGAGGCAGAGAUCUCGAGAUCUGCGACAAUUGAUGCAUUCGACUAUCAAGACAUCUUGCAUCUUCUGUUGACAGUCUCGUCCACCAUGGGAGAAGAAUUCAAUACUCAGGAUGUGGUAGUACUGGAUAUCUUGUUCCAUCUUAUUAAAGGAGUUGAUAUCGAAAAGCUCUUCGUGGACGAAGCCAAAGCCGACAAUAGCAAGAUUGACGAGUUGAAAAGACUACGACAAAAAGAAGCCUCGAUGCUGAGAAGCUAUCAAGUGAAUGCCCCCACCAGACACAACAGAUUUGGGACGAUGGCCUGGAUGCAACGAGAGGACUCAAAGAUGACUACAAUUUCCGGUCAGUCUGCGAUAAUGGACAGCACCAGAAGCUUAGCAAAGAUGGAUAGCACCAAGAAGUUCAAGCCGCCAAGGAAAGCUUUGAAGGGUGAGAAAGGGCCUAUGGAUUUCGACACUCCCGUCAUGCUUAAUGUCCAGGCGAACAAGCACCUGCGAACGUUCGUAGAAGACUUCCUCGACGCAGGCUUCAACCCUCUGUUUAGUCACUUACGCAAGGCCAUUGACCGAGAAGCGGAAAGAAUCCUUGAAUACCAUCCCAGACAGUUCUUCUACCUCGUCUCUUGGUUUCUGGAGGCAGAGAGAGUUAGGAGGAAGAGUAAAGUACCCUCGAAAGGCCAAAAACCUGAAGAGAUUGACAACUACUCACUCGUUGCGAGCGUUCUUAAUCAAGAAAUGUUUGUGACCUUGAAUCGAGCCAUGGAACAGACAUUCGAGAAUAAGUCAUGGCAGGAUCUGAGUGCUGCCAUGAAAUGCUUCACUCAAAUUCUACUGACUGUGCAAGAGAUGUCUGAAUCUCCUUUGGAAGAAGAUCAGGAGAUUGCCGAGAACAUCUUGAGCCGAAUCUUCUACGAAGAGACGACUCACGAUAGGAUCGCAAAUCUCACUCGUACUUACAAAGACCAAGGCUUUGGAUACCUUGAUUCCUGCACAGAACUGGCUCACCAUUAUCUCCGGAUCCUUGAACAAUACUCAAAGCAAAAUGUCGACAUGCAAGUUCGGUCACGGAGAAGAAUUCGGCGAAAGAAGAAGGCUGCAAGAGCAGAUGGAGAAGAUGAUCCCAAUGACGAUGUUGACGAUUCAGAUGGAGAGGAUGAAGCGAGAGCAGAGAAGGUUUCUCGCGAUCGCAAAUUCGACUUCAAGCGUUUCGCUUCUCGGUUUGUCACUCAAGGUUGUGUCGAUACAUUUGUCACGUUUACUGCUUACUACAACGACCUUAAACCUGCUCAACUUAAACGAGCACAUCGUUUCUUCUACCGGGUGGCCUUCAAGCAAGACAUGAGUGUCAUGCUCUUUCGAGUGGACAUAGUGGCACUUCUUCACAAGAUGAUCAAAGGCCCCGAGGGUCUAGAUCCUCAAGCCAGUUGCUUUAAGGAGUGGGAUGAACUUGUCAAGCAGGUUCUGAAGAAAUGUAUCCGAAAAAUGCAAGAACGACCUGAACUUGUGGUGGAAAUGCUCUUUUCAAAGAUCAACAGUACAGCACAGUACCUUGAAUAUGGUUAUGAAAAGCAAACUGCUUCAGCGAAACCAAGAGCCGCGGCCGAGUUGGAGGUUAAGGGUGGGAAGGAAUGGGAGGAGCAAGUAGCUAUUGUCGUUGGAGCAUUGCUCGACCGUAAUGAAGGGGACCAUCUUCAGUGGAUCAAAUCGCAACUCUCUUCUGCUGAGAGUGGAAGAAGAAGCUGGGAAGGGGCCAACUCCGCUCUCCAGCUAGCAGAGAAGGAGACAUCUGCACAGUCAGAUCCCUUUGCAGACACUGAUGAGACUCCCGCACCUGCUGCUACAAUUGAACAACCCACAGCGCCGACUAUAUUGAUCAAACCAGACAAUGAUACUCGUCGCAUUGCCUUGUUCAAGAACGGACAUUUACGCCUACUUAUGAAACUAGUUGGACUUCGGCGAUUGGGCGAGGACAACGAUCCAGAGGCUUCAUGGACAGUGCCAUCUUCACUAUCAGCCGACCAGUUAAAGGAAGCCCAAGACCUAAUUUCAAAGUCUGAAUUCAGCCCGCCAACAUUCGAUGACGGCGAAGAAGCCGGAGAUUUCAUCCGUCGCAAGUCUGCUGGGACUGCAGCCAGGAAGAAAGCAGUCUUCGAUGAUGAAGACGAUGGAGUUGACGAUGAUGACGAGGAGGAAUUCCUCUUCCCUGCAGGUGGACCAACGGCCAUGAAGAAGUCCGAAGCUUUGAAAGCUUUGAAGAAGAACAGACGGCGACGAAGAAAAGAAGGUUCGGAGGAUGAGGGUACCAGCUUGACAGACGAGCAGCUUGAGGCUCGAGCUGAGGCACGCAGACUAAGAGAACUGGAGAAGAAUCGAAAGAUCAAGAGCGACCUCUUUGUUCACGACAGUGAUGAAGAGGCUGACGAGGAACGUGAUCGAAUCUUCUUCGUGCAGGAGGAGAAGAUUCGUGAACGUGCCAAAAUUACCAUCAUGAAGGAACUGCUUAAUGUGGGAGACAAAGAGUCUUCUACCAAAGCCAAAUCCAGAAAGCGGCCAUCAACAGCCAUUUCGGUGGAUAGUGAUGACAACGACGACCUACCUGAUACCAGAAUCCGGAAACGUCAAUCCAGCACCAUCUCCGAUGAUAGUAACGAGGAAGCGCAAGCAACUUCAUCAUCAAACCCUAGAGACAACGUUCUGCUUGAGUCUGACAAUGAAGCUACUGAUACGCCGUUAUCCAGUCCUCACCCACAGACAACGAAUUCGAAGAGGAGAAAGGUUUCAAGUGACGAAGAACCAGAUCCCGUUGAUGCACUGUCUGUAACGGAGCCAGCUAAAAUCAGCGGGAUUGAAUUAGAAGACGAUGAAGAUGAAGAUGUUGCUCCUGUUUCUCGGCCCUCACGGCAAAGGACUCGUGCUGGUUUCAUUGUUGAUAGUAGUGAUGAAGAAUAAUGUUUGUGUUGUGUUCAGGGUAGCAUUGGCGUUAGGAUAUCAGGGCCUGUUCAUACCCAUGUCUUGGGUAGAAAUUAUGAUUAGGGUGUUGAUGUCAAUGUAUGUCUUUAUCCAC